AUUUAUUAGCAUAGGAUUUCAAAUUUACUUAGUUCUAUAUCAAAAUAAAAUCAGUAAAGUCAAAAUUUUUGUGAAUUUACAAAUGAUUUUCAAACAAAACGAUGACAAACACUAAUUAUUACGAGGACUCUGAGAGGAAUGAAGAGGAGGAGGAGGAAGAAAGGAAGAGAGGAGGAGCAAACUCAGAAAAUAGUUUAACCGCAAGUCUAGCCGCAAGUGACAACCUAAAUUUUUCAAAGUAUUGGAUAAAUCCACGCAUCAAUGUUGAAGUAUUAAAAGGCAAGAAGUUAAGAGAACAAAAAUUGAAAUAUCAUCCAAUCGCACGUGAAUACGAUGUUGUCGAUAUUGAUUUCGACAAGCUGCCGGGUUCAACAAAUCGAUUUCAAAGCAAUACAAGUCGUUCGGCUUUACGCUACAGAAAGAAGAAAAGACGUAAAAGUCCUAUCAAGGCAUUCAAUAAAUCGAAACAAGCUCGGCCAGUGCAAAAGAAAUGCCCAAUGAGAAUUUCUGAACUGGCUGUACCAACUAAGCGCCAUUGCAUCGAAACUUGGAGAAAUAAAAGCGAGAUUCUUCCUAGUUUUAUGUUGGAAAGACUACGGCAGAUAAUAAUGGACGAAAAACCCAUAGUGAAAAUUAACGACGCAAUAAACUAUUUCAAGGCACGAAAACCAUCAAUCAAGUCAAGGUCAGGGAAAAGAAAAUACCCAAAUGUACCAAAGGCAAACUUGGAUCAGAUAAAAUUAUUAUGUGGGAUCUUUGGAUAUAAGAUAACAAGAAAGUUACUUUCGCCACUUAACCUCACACUAAAGUCGCAACUAAAAAACAUAUCCAAAAUAGUAAAUGAUGAAAUAACACUUAUUCUAUCCAAAAGACACCAAUCAACACAGGAAAUAAACAGAAAAAUUCAAGCUGAAAUUGCAGAUAAGGUAACAAUCUGGAUAGCUGAUAUUCUCGAAGAUGCGUCUUACAAGUUAUUAUUUGAAGAUUUCCAAGAACUGGAACAGGAAGAAGGAGUUGUAUGGGACUUAAUCGAUGGCUUGGUUGAUAAUGCUGUGAUCAUUUCAGAACCUGAAAGUUUACCGAGCAUAAAUGAAUCAAAAAGUAUAUCAGAGGCCUUAUUUGAUUUACCUUUUGAACUACUGACUAUACAGAAUAACGAGCCCAGUAUUAAUUUUGACAUUGAAGUUGAACAACCUCACCUGGUACAUUCAAUACUAAUAAACAUUGUAGAAAACAUCGUUCGAGGUGAAAAUAUUACGAUCGAAAAUGGAAAUUCAUCAAUAAAAAAAGAAAAUGGUGCACUGGAUAUCAGUAAUAACGUUAAAGAUAAACAAAUAUCUGAAAUAAUUAUUGAGGAUCAAAAUAGAACUUCUGACAUUAAUUUAGUAAAGGAAGACGCAUUUGUUCAAGAGUUACCGGUAAAUGAAACUAACACAGAUUUAGGAAAUGAACGUUACAUUAACAGAAGAGAAAGCAGUUAUAGUACAGAUAUUCAAACAACAAUAAAAGAAGCAGAAAAUGCGGUUGAUUCGGAUUAUAUAUCAUUGACUAAAGAUAAAGAUUCCAUAACGCUAUCUGAAGAUGCGUACAAUACAAGAGAUACGACAGAUGCAUACAAACAGAAUAAAAGUAUCAAUAUAAGUACUGUCGAUACUAAUAAAGCACUAAUAGAUAAUCAUAAUAUGAAUGAUGUCAAUAUUGAACAGACAAAUAAUGAAAACCGUCUGUCUAUAAUAUUGCCAGAAAAUAAAUUGUUGGAAGAUAUGUUCAACAAUACUAGCACAAAAGGUCAAAUUAGCAGUAAAGAUAUUAACAACAUAAUUGAAGAAAUAAAUGAUACUGUAGAUGAUAGUCAUAUCAAAAUAGCAAACGAUAAAGAACAAUUUGCCGAAUCAUCAACCGACGAUACUCUUACUAAAACUAGUAUAAAUGACGAUAAUAUUGCAGAUAAUGUUGAUAACACCAAUGUUGGCAAUAUUGAACAGACAAAUAAUGAAAACCAUCUGUCUAUAAAAUUGCCAGAGAAUAAAUUCUUGGAAGAUGUAUUAAAUAAUUCAAGCACAAAUAAUAUUCAAAUUAGCAGUGAAGAUAUUAACAACAUAGCUGUAGAUAGUACUAUGGAUAAUAUUCAUAUCGAAAUAGCAAACGCUGAAGAACAAUUUUCCGAAUCAUCAAUCGACAAUACUCUUACUAGAACUGAUAUGAAUGACGAACAUAUUGUUGAUAAUGUUGAUAACACCAUCGGUCAAUUAGAAGCAAACGACUACUCUCCUGAUGAUAGCAUAAAAAAAGUAAAAUUUUCUGAUAUAAAUAUCGAUAUCGGCGGAGCAAAUGAAUUAAACGAAAGACUUAACAAUCCCAUGACCAAUGGUAUCUCUGAACAUGUUGAAAGUGACGCCCAUAAAACAUCGAAAGAUCUAAUCACUCUAAAAUCUAAUAUUCACUUCGCACCGCCAAACGACAAUUUGCUUAGCGAAGCAGAUGAACCAUGGCCUGUUAACUUGUCAUUUCCAAUGGUAAAAGUCACUUUAAGUGUAAGUAAGUCAGUAUUAUCUUUAGGAAAAAUAACCGAAGCAGAGGAAAAAUAUAUGACACCACCAGAAGAAAAAGAUGAUAUAUCACUUAUAAACUAUAAAGCACCAGUAGUAAAUAUCUUAUCGGGACAGGAGCUCCAAAAUGUAAACAAUUUACUGUUUAAUGAGAAUAAAGAUACAGAGAAUGUCGAAUCAUUUCUUAGCAGUGAUGAUUCUAUAGAAGCCGAGUGGAAAUCCAAAAAAGAUAGAGAUGGCGGAGACACGGCUAAUAAUUCAAUACUUAUUUAUGACCAUUCUUCUGAAAUAUUCGAAGGAAAAGAUAUAAUUACAGAAAAGGAAACCUUGGGAAAUACAAUAGAUUUUAAGGACAUGAUAAAUGAACCUACGGUCUUAUCGGAACAUUCUUCUUCUGUUAUACAUAAAGAAAAUCAUUUUAUUAAAGAAAAUGAUAGCUUGAAAGAAGCAAUCUUUUUUUCAAGAAUGACUAUUGUUCAUUUGCCAUUUAUCGACAUAAAUCCAAACGCUUAUAAAUAUAAGCCGUUCACUAAUGAAAAAAUAGUGCAAACAGAUAAAAUAGCCCUUGAAACCAUGGAGUUAACUGAAUAUCAAAUAAACACGACCGAAGUUCGCAAAUGGUGUCAAGGGUUGGAGAAUGUCAUUAAUAAUUUGGAGAUAUGGUCAUCAUGGGUAAAAAACACGUGCACUUACAUUAUGUAUUUUAAACAUAUCGAAUAUAAAUCCCAAAAAAUAAGACCAAGUAUCCAAAAGUGGACAAAAUUGCAAACAGAUGUCAAAUUGGAUGCAGAGCUGUGGUUUAACUUAAGUAACAAUCUUCAAAUAGGACUGAGAGGCUACAGAAACUACUAUGAAAAUUCUAGGACUCUGCAGACCAGAUCCUGCAAGAGCCAUCAGCCCCAGCAGAAAUCACAACAAUGCCAGAGGGGAAAAACCUGCACUUGUAAAUUGGACCACCAUGGCCAUCCAAUUAUGCAUACUGGGGCAGAGAAAGUAAUGUGUUGCAUCAAUUCAAAAAUCUUUAAAGCAAAUUAAUCUUUGGUUUUGCUGUUUGCCACCACAAUAUGGAAUAAACUAAAGAAUAAGAUCUGUCUUUAGAUUAACCAUUAGUAAAUAGUUGCACACUUUAAGUUGCUUUGAUUACAAUAUUUAAACAUAUACAAUA